AUGUCUCCUGCAGAAGAAGCACCGUCUGCUGGCACGGCAGCUUUAGGAGGUGUUGACUUUGAAGAGUAUGCGAACGAGGUCAGCGACGCGGCCCAGCAAGCGUCUACCACAAUCCAAGCAGGGGAAGAACGCGACCUUGAUACUGCUAGCGAGUCGGGAUUCUCAACCGAUUCUGAUGCAAGAUCCGUUUCUUUGACUUCCAACGUUAGAGACUUCGUCUUUGAAAACGGACGCCGCUUUCACAAAUUCAGGGAGGGCCGGUAUCUUUUCCCUAAUGAUGACCAGGAACAAGAAAGAGAAGACAUGAAACAUGCUCUAGUGGUUACUGUUAUGGGAAACAUGUUGCACUAUGCCCCUAUUGGGGACAACCCCCAAAAUAUCCUAGAUAUUGGGACAGGGACCGGUAUCUGGGCGGUCGAGAUGGCUGAAACCUACCCAAGUGCAACCGUGCAGGGGUACGCAUGCAUCAAACAACACGUAGUCCCUCCGAAUUGUAGAUUCAUGGUCGACGACGCUGAAAGUCCGUGGCUAGACCCGAAGGAAUAUUACGACUUGAUUCAUGGGCGUCAUAUCCUGCAAGCGAUCAAAAAUUUCCCCGCUAUGCUGCAGACAGCAUACGAACACAUGAAGCCCGGCGCCUACGUUGAACUGCAUGAGUUCGAGUAUCAGGCUGGUUGCGACGAUGGCUCUCUUCCCAAAGACGGCUACAAACUGGAGGAGAUGCUCAAGUAUGUGGCUGAAGGAUUGAAGAGGCUAGGGCCUGACCUGUACGGUGUCCUCAAACUGCCUCAGAUGCUCAAGGACGCCGGCUUCGUUAACGUGGAGGAUCGCAUCACCAAAGUGCCUAUUGGACCGUGGGCAAAGAACAAGUUGCUCAGGAAGACGGGCCUUUAUCUGCAGGCUAUUGGCUUGGACGGACUGCAAGCAAUUGCCAUGGCACCCAUGACGCGUGGGCUGGGUUGGUCUCCACAGAGCGUUGAAGUUUUCCUUAAGGACGUGCGGGACCAGAUGAAGGAUCCGAGCAUUCAUGCCUACUACAACUUUCACGCCAUCUACGCGCAGAAGCCGGUUAGAUAG